CCGAAUGUCAUUUUUCUGAGGGAGAGAAAUAAGAGAGCAAAAUGAGCAUAAAUAGGAACUUGUUGAAUAUCAUAGCAGUCCUUUGUGUAUGUCUCAAUUUGGGUUGUAACGAGGGAGCUCAAGAAAGAGAGAUUGAUUCUCAUACUAUCCAAGUCAGCUCUCUCUUCCCUUCAUCAUCAUCAUCUUGUGUUCUUUCUCCCAGAGCGUCUACCACAAAGUCCUCACUGCACGUGACGCAUAGACACGGCACGUGCUCGCGUCUAAGUAAUGGCAAAGCCACGAGUCCAGACCAUGUCGAGAUCCUAAGACUCGACCAGGCUCGCGUAAACUCCAUCCACUCAAAACUGUCAAAGAAACUCACAACAAAUCACGUCAGUCAAAGCCAGUCAACGGAUCUACCGGCUAAAGAUGGAAGUACACUCGGUUCAGGAAACUACAUCGUGACGGUCGGACUCGGGACACCAAAGAACGAUCUAUCACUAAUCUUCGACACCGGAAGCGAUUUAACGUGGACUCAAUGCCAGCCAUGUGUUCGAACUUGCUAUGACCAAAAGGAACCAAUCUUUAACCCUUCUAAGUCUACUUCUUACUACAACGUCUCCUGCUCAUCAGCAGCGUGUGGUUCCCUCUCUUCAGCUACAGGAAACGCCGGAAGUUGUUCAGCUUCGAAUUGCAUCUACGGUAUUCAAUACGGCGAUCAAUCAUUCUCCGUCGGAUUUCUCGCCAAGGAUAAAUUUACACUAACGAGCUCAGACGUAUUCGACGGUGUUUAUUUCGGUUGCGGUGAGAACAACCAAGGACUUUUUACCGGUGUCGCCGGACUUCUAGGUCUUGGCCGUGACAAGCUUUCAUUUCCGUCGCAGACGGCAACGGCUUACAAUAAGAUCUUCUCUUACUGCCUCCCUUCCUCCGCUAGCUACACCGGACAUCUCACCUUCGGAUCCGCCGGAAUCUCCAGAUCAGUAAAAUUCACGCCGAUUUCAACCAUCACUGAUGGAACCUCCUUCUACGGCCUUAAUAUCGUCGCAAUCACCGUCGGCGGUCAGAAACUGCCGAUUCCUUCAACCGUCUUCUCUACUCCGGGAGCUUUAAUCGAUUCAGGAACCGUGAUCACUCGUCUCCCGCCGAAAGCUUACGCGGCGUUGCGAAGCUCGUUCAAGGCGAAGAUGUCAAAGUAUCCGACCACGUCAGGCGUCUCGAUCUUGGACACGUGUUUCGAUCUCAGCGGAUUUAAGACGGUGACGAUCCCGAAAGUGGCGUUCUCUUUCAGCGGUGGCGCCGUCGUGGAGCUUGGUUCGAAAGGGAUCUUUUACGCGUUUAAGAUAUCGCAGGUUUGUUUAGCGUUUGCAGGGAAUAGCGAUGACAGUAACGCUGCCAUCUUUGGAAACGUUCAACAGCAAACGCUAGAAGUUGUGUACGAUGGUGCGGGUGGGCGGGUCGGGUUUGCUCCAAAUGGGUGUACAUCGAAUACCAAGUCGUCGUUGCAGUUGGUGCAUAGGCACGGCCCAUGCUCGCAUCUCAUCAGUGGCAAAGCCACGACGAGUCUUGACCAUGAUGACAUCCUCAGACGUGAUAAAGCUCGCGUGGACUCCAUCCACUCGAAGCUUUCGAAGAGCCUAUUAACCCCCAACCAGUUGACUGAUCUACCGGCUGAGCGAUGGGGCUCGAACACGCUCGGCUCGGGGACCUACAUCGUUAAGAUCGGAAUUGGAACACCAAAACACGAUAUGUCACUUUUGUUCGACACCGGCAGUGAUUUGACAUGGGUCCAGUGCAAGCCAUGCACUGUAAAUUGCUACACUCAGAAGGAACCAAUCUUUAACCCUUCUUUGUCUUCUUCCUACCACAAUGUCUCGUGUUCAUCACCGGUGUGUGAUUCUCUCGGAGGUCUCCAAGGAAGUUGUUCAGAUUCCACUUGCGGCUACAGUGUCGGCUACGGCGAUACUUCGACUUCCCAAGGAUUUAUCGCCAAGGAGAAAUUUACCCUCACGAGCUCCGAUGUCUUCGACGGCGUUAAUUUUGGAUGCGGUGAGAACAAUACGGGAGAUUACUACGAAGGUGUCGCCGGACUUCUCGGGCUUGGACCCGGUCAACUCUCCUUUCCGUCGCAGACGGCGAAGACUUACAAUAAAAUCUUCUCCUACUGCCUCCCUUCUUCCGUUAGCAACACCAGUGGUCAUCUCACCUUCGGAUCAGCCGGAAUCUCUAAAUCCGUCAAAUUCACGCCGGUUUCUUCCUCCCCAAGCAAAGACUUCUAUUACCUUAAUAUCGUAGGAAUCACCGUCUGCGAUAAACAACUGGAGAUUCCUUCAAUCGAAUCUUUAACGCCACGUGCUAUAAUCGACUCCGGCACGGUGAUUACUCGUCUUCCUCCAAAGGCAUAUGCGGCAUUGAAGAGCGCGUUUAAGGAGAAGAUGUCCAAGUAUACGAUUACGUCGUCGGGAGAUUCGGAAUUGGACACGUGUUAUGAUUUUACAGGCUUGAAGGAGGUGACAAUCCCGAAGAUUGCGUUCUCCUUCAGCGGCGGUACCGUCGUGGAACUUGAUCCAAAAGGGAUAUUGUAUUCGUCGUCCGAGAGAUCAAAGGUUUGUUUGGCGUUUGCAGAGUAUCCCGACGACAAUGUCGCCAUCUUUGGAAGCGUUCAGCAGCAGACGAUACAAGUUGUGUACGACGGAGUGGAUGGACGGGUGGGGUUUGCUCCGAAUGGUUGAGCUGAGAAAAGAGAGAGUGGAAAGGUACUUGAUUCUUACACCAUUCAAGUCAGCUCUCUUUUUCCUUCAUCAUCAUCUUGUGUCCCUUCUUCAAAAGCUUCUAAUACCAAGUCGUCGCUGCGUGUGGUGCACAUGCAUGGCGCGUGCUCCCAUCUUAGCAGCAACAAAGAUGCGAGACUCGACCAUGACGAAAUCCUCAGACGUGAUCAAGCACGCGUGGAGUCCAUCCACUCGAAGUUGUCAAAGAAUAUCGCAGAUGAAGUCAGCAAAACCAAAUCAACGGAGCUACCGGCCAAAAAUGGAAUCAUAAUCGGUUCAGCAAACUACAUCGUAACAAUCGGAAUCGGUACACCGAAGCACGAUAUAUCGCUAGUCUUCGACACCGGAAGCGAUUUGACAUGGACUCAAUGCGAGCCAUGUCUUGGAAGUUGCUAUUCACAAAACGAACCAAAAUUCAACCCUUCUUCAUCUUCUUCUUACCACAACGUCUCGUGCUCAUCUCCAAUGUGUGAAAACACCGCAAGUUGUUCGGCUUCCAAUUGUCUAUACAGACUCCGUUAUGGAGAUGGAUCGAUUACCGUCGGAUUCCUAGCCAAGGAGACAUUCACCUUAACGAACUCUGACGUCUUGGACAAUGUUUACUUUGGUUGCGGUGAAAACAACAAAGGACUUUUCAACGGUACUGCUGGGCUUCUCGGUCUUAGUCCUGGCAAAUUCUCAUUUCCGUCACAAACAACGACGACCUACAACAAUAUCUUCUCCUACUGCCUCCCUUCUUCUGCAAGUAACACCGGCCAUCUUACCUUUGGAUCCGCCGGAAUCUCUCAAUCCGUUAAAUUCACCCCGAUUACUUCCUCCCCAAGCUCAUCCCAUUAUGGCAUCAAUAUCAUAGGUAUCAACGUCGGCGAUAAGAAGCUAGAGAUUACUCCAACAGUAUUCUCAACGCGCGGUGCUAUUAUCGACUCUGGCACUGUGAUUACUCGCCUCCCUACCAAGGUCUACGCGGAACUGCGGAGCGUGUUUAAAGAAAAGAUGUCGAGCUACAAGGCUACGUCGGGACGCUCGAUUUUUGACACAUGCUACGAUUUCACUGGAUUGGAAACGGUGACGCUCCCGAAGAUUUCAUUCUCCUUUGGCGGUGGCACGGUCGUAGAACUUGAUGGAAUAGGGAUUUUGUAUCCGUUCACGAUAUCACAGGUUUGUUUUGCGUUUGCAGGAAAUGAUAACAUUCCAGCCAUUUUCGGAAACGUUCAGCAAAAAACGCUAGAAAUUGUGCACGACGUGGCUGGUAGACGAGUUGGGUUUGCUCCGAAUGGUUGUAGCUAAUUAAGUAAGGGUUUUGGCUCAUAAAUUAGCUUUAUCCUU